AUGGCACACCCCGCGCAGCAGCCACCGGCAUAUCAGGAAAAUGGCAGCAAGCUCCCUGAAGCCCUGUCUUGCGCGGUCGAACUUCCCACUCCCCCCUCCGGAGAGCCAUCUUCCCGCUCAAGGUCCUCCACCAUGGGCAGCACUAGCAUCUCGAAGCCCAUAGUCAUCCCCCAAAGCAUCAACAUGUUCUACGUCCGGUCCUUCUCGCCCUUCGCGCGGGCGUACGCGCCCGCGCUGGCGACGCUGCGCCCGUCGCCCAUCUCGCAGGACGACUUCCUCGCCUUCAUCGACGGCCUCAACGACGCCUUCAUGAUGCACCCCUUCUUCCAGGCCGGCUUCGUCGCCGGCGGCGCCGUCAUGUCGGCGCCCAUCCUGCCCGUGCAGAUCGCGGGAGGCGGCCUCCAGGCGCUCGCCGCCCUCGGCUCCGGCGCCGUCACCCUCGUGCGCGCCAGGCAGUACCUCAAGAAGGCCAACGCCGAGCUGUUCGCCCCCCGCGGCCUCGCCGUGCGCACGUGCACGACCAAGCGGAUGCUGCAGGCCGUGGGCCGCGGCGGAGACAAGAAGCUCUCGUUCCUGGCCGGUAGCGGUGGUGGUGGUGGUGCUGCGGGCGAGGAUGAGGAUAUUGACGUCGACGAGCUGCUGGCGCAGCACUACGCCGAAGCCGAAGCCGCCGCCGCCGCCGCUACUACUUCCUCAUCUCCUCCCACCACCACCAGCACCAGCCGCUUCGCCCGCCCCUCCUCCCACCGCCGCCACGCCAGCACCUCAUCCAUCCCCACCUCCAGUUCCACCACCGCCUCUGCACACCUCAACCUCCUCCACGCCCGCCGCCUCCGCCCCCUCUCCGGCUCCGUCUCGCCCGUGACCUUCGACGUGCCGCCCGCUCCCUUGCCGCAGAGCGCGCUGAAGCGCUACUCGACGGCGCCGACGCGGUGGAUGAACGGGCGGUCGGCGCGGGCGCUGGCGGCGGGGCGCGAGAAGGGGAUGCGGCUGCGGCGGGAGAAGGCGGCGGAGCUGGACGGGGAGCUGAGCGCGCUGAGGGGGGAGAUUGAGGGGUUGAUGGUGGGGAGGGAGGAUAGGACUGGGGAGGAGGAGACUGGGGAGGAGGGGACUGGGGAGGAGAGUGGGGUUGUUGUGGGGGGUGGGGAUGGUGGUGAUGGGGGGCCGCGGCACCAUGAGCGGAUGGCGAGUCGGGAGCUGGCGGUGAGCUUGGAGGAGAAGAGGGCGCAGAUGAUUGGGGAGAUUCGGAAGGCGGGCGAGAAGAAGAUCAGGAAGAGCGACAGGAAGGAGGAGAAGAUGGCGAAUAGGGUGCUUUGGAUUGUGAUUACGAGGCUGGGGGAUGCGCCGACAGAGGAUGAAGACCUAGAGCUGGACUUGUCGGACCGGGCGAGUCAGGCGAGCGGUGCGAGUCGCUAA